CUGACAAACAUUGCACCUAGCAAACUUCAAGGUGGACACCAUGGCGCUGGUCAGCUUGCUCGUCAAGGCUCUCCUCUCCCUCGUCCUCCUCCUCCCUUUUAGUUCUGCAGCUUGGGAGGGCGAGGCCCAGCUUCCUCCUGAUGAGUACAACACGAAGGGGGGCCCUGUGAAGGACAAGCUGAAUGUGCACCUGGUGGCGCAUACGCACGACGACGUGGGCUGGCUCAAGACUGUCGACCAGUACUACGUUGGGUCGAACAACUCCAUCCAGUUUGCAGGCGUCCAAUGGAUUCUAGACUCAGUAGUCCAGAGUCUGGCGCAGAAUCCUGACCGCAAGUUCAUCUAUGUGGAGCAGGCCUUUUUCCAACGGUGGUGGCGCCAGCAGAACAAGAAGACCCGCAAAGUGGUUCAGAAGCUGGUCAAAGAUGGGCAGCUGGAGUUCAUCAACGGCGGAUGGUGCAUGCACGACGAGGCCACGACGUACUAUGUCGACAUGAUUGACCAGACUGCCCUGGGCCACCGCUACAUCCGCGACCAGUUCGACCAGUACCCGCGCAUCGGUUGGCAGAUUGACCCCUUUGGCCACUCCGCUGUCCAGGCGUCGCUGCUCACAGCAGAGCUUGGCUUCGAUGGCUUAUUCUUUGCGCGCGCCGACUACGACGACGUCAAGAAGCGCCGGGAGGAGAAGUCCAUGGAGAUGGUCUGGCGCGCCUCCAAGUCCCUGGGCAAGUCGGCAGAGACAUUUGCUGGCGUCAUGGGGCACCACUACGAUACCCCCGUUGGCUUCAACUUUGACAUGUGGUCGAAAGACCCCCCUAUCCAGGACGACCCGCGGCUGUACGAUGUGAACGUGGCGGAGCGCAUCGAGGCGUUCAUCAAGGACAAUUUGGCGCAGGCGGCGCAGUUCCGCACGAACAACAUCAUGCUGUCCAUGGGGGCGGACUUCGUGUACAGCAACGCCAACACCUGGUUCACCAACAUGGACAAGCUCAUCCACUACGCCAACAAGGAUGGUCGCGUCAACGUUUUCUACUCCACGCCGUCCAUCUACCUGGAUGCCAAGUACGAAGCCAACGAGACCUGGCCGCUCAAGACAGACGACUUUUUCCCGUACGCGGAUUGCCCGCACUGCUACUGGACGGGCUACUUCGCGAGCCGCGUGGGCCUCAAGGGCUACACGCGGGCCCUGUCCGGGUACCUCCAGGCUGCCCGGCAGCUAGAGUUUCUGGUGGGUCGAUCGGCGACAGGGCCCAACACCGACGAGCUGGAGGAGGCGAUGGCCAUCGUGCAGCACCACGACGGCGUCAGCGGGACGGAGAAGCAACACGUGGCGGACGACUACGCCAAGAGGCUGGCCAUCGGAGCGGCUGAGGCCGGAGCUGUGGUUGCCAACGCCCUGGUGACGCUCACUGCGGGGCAAAAAGCGGGAGCGAAGGAGGGCCUUUCCUCGUCAGCCGACGGCUUCAUGCACGCCCGUGUUCUUCUGAACGAGAAAGCCGCGCCCCAAGCGGACCACGACUCCGAAGGGCAUGCAUUCGAGCAGUGCCCCCUCCUCAACAUCAGCAGCUGCCCCAUCACCGAGAAGCUCAUCGAGGAGGACACGUCGCUGGUGGUGGUUGCGUACAACUCGCUGGCUUGGCCGCGCACGGAGCUGGUGCGCUUCCCGGUUGCGAGCCAGCUGCUAGCGGUGACCGACAUGUACGGCAACCCAGUGCCGUCCCAAGUGGCGCCCAUCCACCACGUCACCCGCACCCUCAGGGCCCGCCACGUGGCAGCCGACCAGGAGGCGCCCUUCGAGCUGACGUUCCUGGCGGGCGUGCCCCCGCUGGGCUUCGCCACCUACUUCCUGGGGACCAAGCAGGCCGGCCAGCCAGGCCUGGCGGCGGUGGCUGUCGAGGAGCCCGUGAACGGUUUCGGGACAGACUUCGACAUCGGGCGCGGCGCAUUGAAGCUCACUUUCGGCGGCGACUCCGGAAGCCUGAAACGCAUUGCAAACAAGCGCACUCAGACGUCUUUGGGCGUGGUCCACCAGUCGAUGUUCUGGUACAACGCCAGCGACGGCAACACCGAAGCGAACCCGCUGCAGGCCUCCGGGGCCUACAUCUUCCGCCCCAACUCGUCCACCGAGUAUCCGCUCUGGGACACCGCCGCCGACACCUUCCCCCGGCUGUCGACGGUGCGCGGUCCGCUGUACGAGGAGGUGCGCCAGGAGCUGAGCCCCUGGGCCGUGCAGACCUUCCGCGUCUCCACAGACGGCGCUGAUGCCGACGUGCAGUACACGGUGGGCCCCAUCCCCAUCGACGACGGCUUGGGCAAGGAGGUGGUGAUGCGCCUCGAGACGGACAUCCAGAACGGCAAGACCUUCUUCACCGACAGCAACGGCAGGGACCUCAUCCAGCGGGUGGUGGACAAGCGGCCGACGUGGAAGCUGAACGUGACGGAGCCGGUGGCCGGCAACUACUACCCGGUGAACGCGGCCAUCUUAAUCCGCGACGCCGCCACUCAGCUGACGGUGCUCACAGACCGCUCCCUGGGCGGGGCUAGCCUGGCGGACGGCCAGGUUGACGUCAUGCUGCACAGGCGCCUGCUCCAUGACGAUGCGCGCGGAGUAGGAGAGCCGCUGAACGAGACCGCUUACGGCGAAGGCCUCGUGACGCGCGGCGUGCUAAAGGUCGGCGUCCACCCCACCAACGAGUCCGCCCGCUGGCUCCGCGAGAACGCGCUCCGGGUCUAUAGCCCCCUCCAGCUCGCCUUCACCACGCAGAAGAGCGGCGGCGCGCCCGCGUGGCUGCGGUCGCAUCGCGGCAGUUUCUCGGGCCUGCGGGAGGGCGCGCAGCUGCCGCCCAACGUGGCGCUCACCACGCUGCAGCAGCUGCCCGACGGGACGGUCCUCCUGCGGCUGGCGCACCUGUACGAGGUGGACGAAGAUCCUGAGCUGUCGCAGCUGGCACGCGUGAACCUACGGGCCCUCUUCCCCACCAAGAUCGAAAAGGCAACGGAGCUGACGCUGUCCGGCAAUCAGCCCAAGUCUGCGGUGAAAAAGAAGGUGUGGCGGGUGGAGGGCGAGGAGAGCACCCGGCACGCCAGCCUGAGGGGCGGUCCCUUCAAGGACGACGACCUGACCGUGGAGCUAGGGCCGCUGGAGAUCCGCACCUUCGGGAUCCUUUUUGCGGAGAAGGUCAUGUAGUCAGGACCUGGCCCCCAGGUUAGUCCCCGGUUCAAGUGGCACCUCGUCUGGAGGAGGUGGCCUUGCAAUUGGAGUCGGUAGGUGAAAUGGAUGUACCUUGAGCUGAUGCGCGGUCAGAGAGGCACGCGAGGUUCCGAACAUGAGAUACUUCUAUGACAAGAUUGCCAUCACAACAGUUGCUCAGAUAGUCAAUUCACUUCCUCGUGAUUGUUAACAAUCUCAAUCUUGAUUUUUGAAUCUCUGAACCUGUUGCGAUACAAAAGACACACCAAAGGCCCGACUCUGAAGCUAAGUCCAUAAUCUUCCGUUCAAUCAGUGUCAUUUAACAAUUGUAUUCUCCGUUGAGCAAUCAGUCUUGGAUCACUGUGCGUCG